GACAGAAUAAACACAGAAUAUCAAAGUCAAAGUCAGCUUUAUUGUCCAUGCUGCUAUGUGUACAGGACAUACAGAGCAUCAAAACUGCGUUUCUCUCUUGUCCAGAACAGCAUGGACACGAGUAUAGUAAAAGAAAAGUAUAUAAAAAUAUAAAUAUAUAUAGAAUAGAAAUAUACAAAUCUAAAAAUAUAUACAAGCUUAAGACAUCUGUGAGGCAAUAUGGCCCAGUGUAAAUGGAAUUAUUAGUAUAAAUAUAAGUGUGGUAAUAUGGCAGUAUGGACAGGAUUUACAGUUAUUUACAGUAUACAUAAACAAUCAACAAUGAAAUAUUGACCAUUAGACUGUACACAGUGCAAAUGGUGUGCAAAUAUAUUUCAUGUACCGUAUCCGUUAUGUAUUCAGGUUCUGCUGAAGUUGCAGUUAAGUACUUCGUUCACGUAUCAUCAGCUUGAUGCUGUUUCUACCCUCAGCUCCUUUUGUCCACAAAUUUCUCCUCCAACACCUCUCAUGGUCGCUCACUGCCACUGGGAUGUGUGUGAAUAGAUGAAUGAGAGGACAGCGUUGGAUUCAAACACUACAAAUGUCACUUCUUUUUUUUUGGUCAUUUUACUGAGUUUGUGUCUUGCAAACUGCUGAGUGCGAGACCUGGACUGAACUUUUGAAGACAGUGGAGACGCUAACCUUCCCUAUAAGAGUUCAGAGUUAUCCACAGAAAGAGGAGGAGUUUUCCUCUGGAUGUAAAACUGACACAGAUUGUUCACAUGCUCGAACUGAACCCAGAUAGAUGAACUGGAAUUAUCAAGAAUAAUAUUACUGCCAUAAAAUGUGACUAAUCUGAAGAGCUGCUCGGAAAGAAGAAUUAUAACGCAGAUAACGAGGUCAGAGUUCCAGCCAGUCAAUUAAUUGCUCUUUUGACCCUGAUUCAACACAGAUACAUUUCCUUGUUGCUCGUAUAUAUAAACACUCUUCACUCCACGUCCUGCAGACACAGAGAGAUCUGACUCCGCUGAAGCAAGUGAGACUCUCCUAUCCAGACUCAGACACUCAGAUAGAUACAAGUCGUCACUUGUGCAUGUUUAACCUCUUUGCUUGUGUUGCAGGAGUUCACUUCAUCACUGUAAAACAAUGAGGGUCGCUCUACUUCUGUGCGCCGCAUUCGCUCUGGAUGCUGCAGCAGGUCCAGUCGAGAAGAUGACGGACGUCCAGCAGCCAGCUCUGGUUGAGAAGGAGGAGAUUGUGCCUGUGGUGGAGGAAGAUGGCGGGAUGGAGAGAACAGUCAUCUGUCCCAAUAACUGGGAACUAUUUGAAUCCAGAUGCUUCAAAUUCUUCCCCACACCAUCGACCUGGAUAGACGCAGAGAAAUAUUGUUUGCGUUUUGAUGCCAACCUCGCCUCCAUCCAUAGCUUAGAGGAGUACGAUUAUAUCCAGAAGUUGGUGAAAAGCAGCGGCGGUUAUGCCAAAUCCUGGGUUGGUGCCACUGAUGCAGUCGAGGAGUCUCAGUGGUUCUGGUCUGACGGAUCAAAAUUCGAUUAUCAUUUUUGGGGUGGGGAUGAGCCCAACAAUUUGGGCGGCAACGAGCAUUGCGUUGAAAUGAAUGACAGCGAGGACCUCUCCUGGAACGAUCUGCCCUGUGACACAAAGCUUCCCUUUGUCUGCGGGACAAGACCAUUGAAAUCAUUGUAGAAAAUAAAGUUGUUGAAGAAAUCACGUGGUUCAUUGAAACAUGUGAAAAAGUGUUAACUUCAAUAAUGAAAUAAAGUAAGAAUUAACUUCUGAAA